AUGGCUCGCUAUCAACCCAUCGACCAGGAGCUACUGGCUUCGACGCCGCUCAAGCUCGACUCUAAGCUCGACUCUGAGUACCCCGACGAAAAGGCUUGCUUGGCUCCUAGCGAACCCACUGACAGCAAGAACAGAAAAUUCAUAGACGUCGAACUCAAGCUCUGCGGAAUCGAGCUGAGACUGAGCGUUCCCGGUCUCCAAUUCUUCUUCAUCUCGUGGUUGGUCUUCGGAUAUUACUUCGGUCUUCUCGACCAGUUCAAGCUGCCCGACCUGAGCAGCGGGUUUGCUGCUAUUCGACCCCACCCUCACCCCGUCCAGCAGGUGCAGGGCUAUUCUGACCUGCUGCACAGCUCCAACUUCCUCUCCUCCCACGCGGUCGUCUCGGCGAGUGGCUCCAGCAAAGACGGUCCGGAAGCAAGAUGGAAAAAGUGGUUCGCCAAACUCGAGUCCGACUUUCUCGCCGUCCCCACCGCCGACGGUGCACGUGAUGCUCUCAAGCGAUACACCAACGUGAGCCAUGUCGCUGGCUCCAAGGGAGACUACAAUUCCGCGCUACAGAUCCUGCAGGAGUGGGGAAACCUCGUCGGCGCACCUCUCACCGACGACCUCAAGGACCUCGUCUUCGACGCCGGGUCCAGUCAAAGUCAGGCUUACCUCACAGGUGCUAAAGGCAAAGACAGUGUUCGAGCAUGGACCGACACCUACGCCGUCUGGCUGAACUACCCUAUCAACUCGUCCCUCACCCUGGCAAAGCCCGAUCAGCUCGACAAGCCGUACUGGACCGCCAAGCUCCAAGAGGAUGUGUUGGAUGCCGAUCCUACCAGUUCGCGCGGUGUGCCUCUGUUCCACGGGUACUCUGCCUCCGGUAGCGUCUCUGGCCAGGUCGUGUUUGCCGGCAUGGGUCGCAAACAGGAUUUCGCCGAUCUGGCCGCAAAGGGCAUCGAUGUCAAGGGUAAGAUCGUGCUCGUCGAUUACGGAUCCAACUUCCGUGGGCUGAAAGUUCGCGCUGCGCAGGAAGCAGGUGCCGUCGGCGUGAUCAUCUACACCGACACGAUUGAAGAUGGCGAGAUCACCGAAGCAAACGGACACAAGGCUUAUCCCGAAGGUCCUGCUAGGAACCCUUCCGCGGUGCAACGUGGUUCCGUCCAGGGACUGUCGUUCUACCCCGGUGAUCCUUCCACCCCUGGCAAGCCUUCCUACCGCAACGCAACUCGAUUGGAGCCGGAAGAAGCCGAUUCCCUGCCCAAGAUCCCGUCUCUGCCGCUGUCGUACUCGGAAGCCAAGGUGCUGCUCGAAUCCAUCAAAGGCAAAGGCGUCAAAGCCACCGACGUCAACAACCGUCUGGCUGGAGCCAUCGACGGCGUCGAAUACUGGACUGGGCCCUCGGACGACAUUGUCCACCUGGAAAACUUUGUCGACCUUCAGGUUCGCGAUAUCUGGAACACGUACGCCGUGCUUCCGGGACACAUCAAGGACGAGGUCGUCGUGUUGGGGAACCACCGUGACGCUUGGACGUUCGGUGCUGCUGAUCCGAAUUCGGGCACGGCUGCAUUCCACGAAGCCAUCAAGGGUCUCGGUGAGCUUUACAAGAAGGGGUGGAAGCCGAUGAGGACGAUCGUGUUUGCGUCGUGGGAUGCCGAAGAGUACGGGUUGGUUGGGUCGACCGAGUUCGGCGAGGAUUAUGCCGAGUGGAUCCGGGAUCGCGUUGUUGCAUACCACAAUGUGGAUGUCUCCGUAUCGGGAUCGGUACUGCAAGCUUCGAGUUCGCCUUCCUUGUCGCGAUUCGUCGAGACCGCCGCUGCCAAGGUCGACGACCCCAACAACUCGUCAUCCAAGAUCCAGCUCGACGCAUUCCACCCGCUCGGCUCGGGUUCGGACUACACCGUGUUCCUGCAACACCUCGGCAUCGCCUCAACCGACCUGGGCUUCAAACGCUCCGCCACCGAUCCAGUGUACAUGUACCACUCCAACUAUGACAGCUUCUACUGGAUGGACAACUUUGGCGACCCGGGAUUCAAACGUCACGAGGCGGCUGCCAAGAUCAUCGGGUUGAUGGCGAUCGAGUCGUCCACCGAGCUGUUCGCUCCGAUCGAUGUGGGGGACUACGCAAAGGAGUUGAGCAGGUACGUGGGCAAGAUCGAGGUGCUUGCUGAGAAAAAAUUGGGCAUCCCUCGUGGGGCAGGUGCCAAGCAUCCCCAGUGGUUGAGGAAGUUGAGGCAUUCGGUGCACAAACUCGGUGCGGGCGCAAGACACUUUGAGCGCAGAAAGACGCACCUCCAGCACGAACUGGUCAAGUUGGCCGAGAAGAGCGGACACGGCCACAAGGGCAAGGGCAAGUGGGAAAAGCAAAUUCGGAAAGUGCUGGCAGAGAUUCGUGCGGUCAACAAGCAGCUGCAGACGUUCGAACAGGGGUUCAUCUCGAAGCAAGGUCUGAAGGGUCGAGAGUGGUACAAGCAUCUGGGCACGGCUCCUGGCAGGUGGUUGGGGUAUGGAGCGACGACGCUGCCCGGUGUGACCGAGGCGAUCACCUUGGACAAGGGUGAGGGCUUGGAGGGCGAGGUGGAGCGAUUGGUGGGUCACAUUGACGGGUUGGUUCGACACUUGCACAAGCCUUGA